ACAUGUCGGAUAUGCAGCGCACCAGCGGAACCAGACCAGCCUCUAUUUCACCCCUGCAAAUGCUCGGGUACCAUUCGCUACAUCCAUCAGGACUGCUUGACAACAUGGCUAGCACAUAGUAAGAAGAAGACGUGUGACAUCUGCAAACACCCAUACUCCUUCACGAAAGUCUAUGCAUCGCACAUGCCUACAAGGCUGCCCACAGUACUGGUGCUUCGACAGCUGUCGAAACAGGCCAUUGUUGGCGUGCUCUUCUGUGCCCGAGCUGUUCUCGUCGCCAUAAUUUGGCUGGCGUUCCUACCUUGGGUCACGAUAUGGACCUGGAGAAUGUAUUUCACCAUGGGAGAUACUGCCGCGUGGUGGGUCAGCAACCGCCCACGACCGGUCUCGGCCGUAGACGCAUUACUCACGCGCUCUCCGAAUAUCUCAUCCUCCAACGACACUACUGCCGCCAGCGCCGACAAUGGCACAGUCUCCAUCUUCUCGCAUCCCGUGGUACGCACGGUGUCUUCGGAUAUUGUGUCAGGGCAAAUCAUUGCCUCUUUAAUCGUGCUCGCGUUCGUAGCCAUCUUCCUACUGCGUGAGUGGAUUUCCCAGAAUGCCCGGCCGGGCAUCUUCGAGGAACCUGAUGCACCGCCACUACCCGAUGACGUCGGACCGCUUCCUCAGGUCGUGCAAGUGCAGCCAGUGCAGGUGGCUAGGCCAGGUGACAGGAUGAUAGCCAGACGGCGGCCGAUGCCGCUGAAUGCGCAAAUGCACAACGUGCCGCCAGCUGAACCUCUGCGCCAUCACUGGCGUCGUGCGAAUGAACUUGAACGACCAGAUGUGGAACGCGAGGAGCGUGCCAAGCACCUACGACCAGACGGCGAGGAAGCUGGAGAUGCCCCACCCGAGCAGGCGAACGCGCGCAAAGGCAAAAGGAGGCACGGACCGUACGGCGAUGAGCUUGAUGUGAUACGGCGAUCGACGUCUGUAGGCAGGACUACGGCCAGUCAGUUUGGUGGAUCCGACACCGACGAUGAACAAAUUAAUGACCGGCGGCGCGAGCGCGCGAGACUUGCUAGCCACGCCGUACCUACGUUGCCAUCCGCCGCAGAAUCUUCACAACCCACAACGGAGGCUUUUGGCUCGCUACGGCGUCCAGCGUUACCCAGCGUUACUCUGCCACCAUCUUCUUCCACAUCACCAGUUGCGGGAGGCUCUCGCAGCCGAGGACCUACGCCACUUGCCUCUCCGAACCUGGCGACAUACCGUCCACCAGAGGAGUUCGAGGCAGGUCCGUCUCGCUUGGCGAGCUACUUCGACAGCGAAGCGAUCGAGGAGGAUGAGGACGAGGGUGGCAAGGUGGCCGAGAUUCGGCGGUACUUCCGAACCCACCCAGACGACCCCGUGGCCCCUUGGGACAAACAUGACGAUCUAGUCGACUGGACGGAGCAUGUCCAGGAUGCUGAAGACGAGGAAAGGGAUGGCAUGGCCCCCCCUGAGCCCGAGGCGCCAGUUGAAUUUCCAGACAAUCCGCCUAUUCAAAUUGUAAAUGCUGCGUUGCCAGUCGGGGACGCCCCUAUGGAUGACAUACCACCAGAGGCUAAUGAAGACAUGGAUGUGAACUUGGAUGACGACAUGGACGGUGCUCUGGAGGCUAUUGGACUUCGCGGUCCCGUACAUGGUGUCUUCCAGAACGCUGCGUUAAUGAUCUUCAUCCUAAACACGACCAUCGGCCUAGGGAUAUGGCUUCCAUUUACUAUUGGCAAGUGCACAGCGUUGCUCUCGUUGGACCCUCGGCAGUUUUUGUACAUCCUCCAUCUCCCUCUCCGGCUGAUCCGCCUUGUGACCGAUCCUAUAGUCGACACCGCGCUUCUGCUCAUGAGUCGCUUGCUGCUACCGUCAUUGUUGUCCGUGACGAACAUUGCACUAAACAUUUCCUUUCGUGCUACGAGUUUCGUGAUUGGACAAAAACUCACAAGUCGACUUGCAAGUUUGAUCGCCAAUAUAGUGAGUAUCUUCGAGGCAUCUAAUGUUGAACCGCGCUUUAUGGCCGUUUGUAAUGGACUGUUGUCCCAAGUAGCACUGUCGUCCACUUCCAAACCUGAGGCCGCGGGCUCAUCUACCUCGAUACCGUUCUUCUCACAAUUCCUUCAGCAAGAUUCUGCCAUCAUGCGCUUCAUUGAACCGCACUUCGCGCCAUUGGGUGAGAAGACUCGACUGACUGUUGCAGAGGCAAAGUCAGAGUGGGUGCGUUUGUCCCUUGGCGACGGACCCAACGAAAGGAUUUUCGCGGUGGGCCUAGGCUAUGCUGCGACCGCGGUGCUUCUUGCCAUUUACCUAAACAUUCUUACAAUCGGGAACGUAAAGAAUGCCGGGAGGGCCGUCCGCAGUGCAGUGCGACAACAACUGCUUGUAGUCAAAGUCGCUGCGUUCAUCGUCAUCGAAUUGGUGAUCUUCCCACUGGGAUGUGGUCUGAUGCUUGAUGCCUGUACCGUGUGGCUGCUUCCUCAGGGCAACAUCACGUCCAGGAAAGCGUAUCUCUUCUACGCCCCAGUCACCUCAAUUUUCUAUCAUUGGGUCAUCGGAACUAUGUUCAUGUAUCAGUUUGCGAUAUUACUAGCUGGGUGCCGAAGCAUCAUGCGCAAGGGAGCCAUGUGGUUCAUCAAGGACCCCCAGGAUCAGAACUUUCAUCCCAUACGAGAUAUCUUGGAACGACCCACCUUGGUACAACUACGUAAGCUGCUUCUAAGUGCUAUGAUGUACGGAAUGGUGGUGGCUGCUGGUGUCGGCACAGUUUCUGGGGUCUUGCAGCUGUUUAGCCGGACAAUCCUGCCAUUCAGAUGGAAGCUCAGGGAACCCUUAUCAGCAGUACCCAUAGAUCUUCUCUUCCUUCACCUCGUUCUUCCGUAUACCAUGCAGUACUUCCGUCCUCGAAAACCUAUGAAGCAGUUCGGCACCUACCUCUGGAAAUAUUUGGCAGCUCAACUUCGCUUGUCCUCGUACAUGUUUGGCGGGCGCUACUCGUCAGAAGAAUACACUCCCAAGCAUUGGAACUGGCGGAUGCUAUUCAUUCAGACAGAGGUCCAGAUGGAUGAUGCAGAGGCUGCCCACGAUGGUACCUUCAGGCGUGUCCCCAAUUCUGAUAAUGUUGCAUUGGUCAAGGAUUCUCCGGCAACAGCUGAAGUGGAUGAGGACGGCAAUCCAGUCAAUGCUGAACAAGCAAGGUUAAUGGCCCUCCAAAACGCCGAGGCUGAGAAGGCGAGGCGAAACAUCAAGGACGAUUACACCGUCGUCUAUGUCCCUCCGCAUCUCAAGUAUCGUGUCAUUGCAUUCAUCGCAUGCGUCUGGAUUGUUGGGUCUAUCCUCCUUGGGAUGCUCCUGGGCGCUCCAGUCUUGUUGGGCCGACUCUUCCUGCGACUGUUCAUCCCUCGUGACGUACACGAUGGCUACUCAUUUAUUGCUGGGUUCUACUUGCUCUGGGUCUGCUGGUUCGUCGGACAUACAAUUGAUCGCAUGGACAAACGGCGUCAGCGACGAGGCGGACACGAAGCUCGUGCAGAAUGGCCGCUGUAUCUGGCGAAGAGAAGCUUCGUUUGGAUUGCCCAAAUCUCGUACAUGGCGUUCUUCCUCGGCUUCGUCAUCCCGACGCUGGUUGCCCUAGUAGUCGAAUUCUACAUUGUGCAACCCAUCCGGCAUAUCACAGAGCCUCCGACUGACCUGCGGAUUAGAAUGGUAGACAUGUGGGCAUUAGGUCUUCUGUACAGCAAGGUUAUCAUCCGGUGCCUAAGAUUGCAACCGGACAACGACUUCGUGCGCGGUAUUGACCAUAUCAAACGGCAAGGAUGGACACAUCUCGACCCAUUCAGAGCGACCAAAGAGAUCAUCGCGCCCAUCACUAUUGGUCUCUUGGGCAUGCUCCUGUUGCCAGCUGGCAUCCUGUACGGUAUUCGUCAAGUGUUCUCAUUACCAGUCCCAGAUGACUUCUUGUUCAUACAUCUCUACCCAAGCAUCUUCACUGUAGCAGGGUUCAUACACGCCACAUUUGCUCUCUCGCGACUACUCGCCGCGUGGUCUCAGACGAUUCGAGAUAAAGAGUUCCUUGUCGAAAUGCGUUUGCAGAAUCAUGAAGCAGAUCUGGAUCAGGAGAAAGCGAGUGAGAAGGAUCCCGAGCCAGAGACGAGAGAGGAGGACGAUGAAGAGGAGUAA